UAGUUAUUUCCUAGGCCAUCAAAGCGGUACUUUUAAAGCAGGUCAGUCUUAAAAAGAUGCGGUCGCCACCACUGUCGCCGCCGGGAGCGUCUCCUUGGCCUGGAAAGCUCGCCCCCCUCCUCUGCCCACCUCUCCCUGUCCUCUGGCUGAAGAAGUGAAGGCGCUUGAAUGGUGGGCUGUCAGGGGAUUCACACCCCGCCAACGGGAUCACAUCGCCUUAGUGUUCUGCCUGAGAUUUCCCAACGCCAAGUGCAAUGUGGUGUGUACAGCCAUACUGUUGUAUCUAUGUCCUCACCCCCACCCCCCACCCCACCACCUGACCAAUGCUGGGAUCUGAGAUCUAGUCGCCCCCUUCCUGCCUCCUUUCCGUCUCUCCCCACCCUGUCUUCUCUCAUCUCCAUGCCACCCACCCCCACUCCCACCCAUCCAAAGGGCAAAGAGCAAAGACACUCGGGAAAGGCAAGGGCUAGCUCUAUCUCCUCGAGUCGACCGAGGCCUCAGGCAGGGAUUGCGCUGUGAGAGAGACAAUCUUUCAGCGAGAUACAGAACAAGAGAAAUGCAGAAAGGGACCCGAGCUCUCAGGAACUGGGGAGCUUGCCACUGAAGGGAGAGCACCAUGAUCUUUGAUCAGGCGAUCCAGGUCCUGGGACACUCGCACAGCCUGCCUGCCAUCUGGGGCAAGCACAGAGAGCCAUGGUCCUGAGCCCACCGUCGCCAGCCAGCUUCACCGCGUUAGGUGCGCGCCCGGCUCUCCCAUCGCUAUGCAGCGACCAUUUCCCUCAAAGUCUAAAAGGUGGACCACUCUAAAAGGAUUACAAGCGUGAUUUGGUAGCCUUUCCGAAAGUUGGUGGCUGGAAGAGGGGAAGAUCCUGGGCGACAGAAUGACGGAUACAAUGCAGCCUCGCGGAGAGUUUGCCCCUCCCGCUGAGAAGCCCCUUGGAGCGAACCUCGGAGAUCCUGAGCGCUCUGCACCAUAGUUCUGUUAUCAACCAGGAACGAUGAAGCCAACCAUAACUGAGAUGCUUCACAGAGGGAGAAUGCUGUGGAUAAUUCUUCUAAGCACAAUUGCUCUAGGAUGGACUACCCCGAUUCCCCUGAUUGAGGACUCAGAGGAAAUAGAUGAACCCUGUUUUGAUCCAUGCUACUGCGAAGUUAAAGAAAGCCUCUUUCACAUACAUUGUGACAGCAAAGGAUUUACAAACAUUAGUCAGAUUACUGAAUUCUGGUCAAGACCCUUUAAACUGUAUCUUCAGAGGAAUUCGAUGAGAAAAUUGUACACAAAUAGUUUUCUUCACUUGAAUAAUGCUGUGUCCAUUAACCUUGGGAACAAUGCUUUGCAGGACAUUCAAACUGGAGCUUUUAAUGGCCUUAAGAUUUUAAAGAGACUAUAUCUCCAUGAGAACAAACUAGAUGUCUUCAGAAAUGACACCUUCCUUGGCUUAGAAAGUCUGGAAUAUCUUCAGGCAGACUACAAUGUCAUUAAACGAAUAGAGAGUGGGGCAUUUCGGAACCUAAGUAAAUUGAGGGUUCUAAUCUUAAAUGAUAAUCUCAUCCCCGUGCUUCCAACCAAUUUAUUUAAAGCUGUUUCCUUAACCCAUCUGGACCUUCGUGGAAACAGGUUAAAAGUUCUGUUCUACCGCGGGAUGCUGGAUCACAUUGGCAGAAGCCUGAUGGAGCUCCAGCUAGAAGAGAAUCCUUGGAACUGUACCUGUGAGAUUGUGCAGCUCAAGAGUUGGCUGGAGCGAAUUCCUUACACAGCCCUGGUGGGAGACAUCACCUGUGAGACACCUUUCCACUUCCAUGGGAAGGAUCUCCGUGAAAUCAAGAAGACUGAACUCUGCCCACUCUUGUCUGACUCUGAGGUGGAGGCCAGUCUGGGGAUUCCCCACUUAUCAUCAAGCAAGGAGAAUGCCUGGCCCACUAAACCUUCCUCUAUGUUGUCCUCUGUCCAUUUUACUGCUUCAUCUGUUGAAUAUAAAUCCUCUAAUAAGCAGCCAAAACCCACCAAACAGCCCCGAACACCCAGACCACCAUCUACAUCCCAGGCUUUAUAUCCUGGUCCAAAUCAACCUCCUAUUGCCCCCUAUCAGACUAGACCACCCAUUCCCAUUAUAUGUCCUACUGGGUGUACAUGUAAUUUGCAUAUCAAUGACCUUGGCUUGACUGUCAACUGCAAAGAACGAGGAUUUAACAACAUCUCUGAACUCCUUCCAAGGCCCUUGAAUGCCAAGAAGCUGUACCUGAGUAGCAAUCUUAUUCAGAAGAUAUACCGCUCCGAUUUUUGGAAUUUUUCUUCUUUGGAUCUCUUGCACCUGGGGAACAAUCGCAUCUCCUACGUCCAGGAUGGAGCUUUCAUCAACCUGCCCAAUCUGAAGAGUCUCUUUCUCAAUGGCAAUGAUAUAGAAAAGCUGACACCAGGGAUGUUCCGCGGUCUCCAGAGCUUGCAUUACUUGUACUUCGAAUUCAACGUCAUCCGGGAAAUCCAACCUGCAGCCUUCAGCCUCAUGCCCAACUUGAAGCUGCUAUUUCUCAACAAUAACUUGCUGAGGACCCUGCCAACUGAUGCCUUUGCAGGCACAUCCCUGGCUCGGCUCAACUUGAGGAAGAACUACUUUCUCUACCUGCCAGUGGCUGGCGUCCUUGAACACCUGAAUGCCAUUGUGCAGAUAGAUCUCAAUGAGAAUCCUUGGGACUGCACUUGUGACCUAGUCCCCUUUAAGCAGUGGAUCGAAACCAUCAGCUCAGUCAGCGUAGUAGGUGAUGUACUCUGUAGGACCCCUGAGAACCUCACCCACCGUGAUGUGCGCACUAUUGAGCUGGAAGUUUUAUGCCCGGAGAUGCUGCAUAUUGCCCAACCUGGACCAUCCCCACCCCAGUCUGGAGAUUACCACCCUAACGGGGGACCGACAAGUGCAUCACCUUAUGAGUUCUCUCCUCCCGGGGGCCCUGUGCCACUUUCUGUGUUGAUUCUCAGCCUGUUGGUUCUGUUCUUCUCAGCUGUCUUUGUAGCUGCAGGCCUCUUUGCCUAUGUGCUCCGUCGGCGUAGGAAGAAGCUGCCCUUUAGAAGCAAGAGGCAGGAAGGUGUGGACCUUACAGGAAUCCAGAUGCAAUGCCACCGUCUGUUUGAGGACACUGGAGGCAGUGGUGGUGGGAGUGGAGGUGGAGGGCGACCGACUCUGUCCUCGCCAGAGAAAGCCCCUCCCGUGGGUCACGUGUAUGAGUAUAUACCCCACCCAGUUACUCAAAUGUGUAACAACCCCAUCUAUAAGCCUCGAGAAGAGGAAGAAGUGGCUGCCUCAGCAGCACAGGACACAGGAGCUACAGACCGUGGAGGUCCUGGGACACAGCCACCAGGAAUGGGUGAGGUGCUCUUAGGAAGUGAGCAGUUUGCAGAAACACCGAAGGAAAACCACAGUAACUACCGGACCUUGCUGGAAAAAGAGAAGGAGUGGGCCCUGGCUGUUUCCAACUCUCAACUCAACACCAUAGUGACGGUGAACCAUCACCACCCUCACCCUCACCACUCGGCUGUUGGUGGGGUUUCAGGGGUAGGUGGAGGGACUGGGGGAGACUUGGCUGGGUUCCGCCACCAUGAGAAGAAUGGUGGGGUGGUGCUGUUUCCCCCUGGGGGAGGUUGUGGUGGUGGCAGUCUGCUACUAGAACGUGAGAGGCCGCAGCCUGCUCCAUGCACAGUGGGAUUUGUGGACUGUCUCUAUGGCACAGUGCCCAAAUUAAAGGAACUACAUGUCCACCCCCCUGGCAUGCAAUAUCCAGACUUACAGCAGGAUGCCAGGCUGAAAGAAACCCUUCUCUUCUCAGCUGGAAAGGGCUUCACAGACCACCAAACCCCCAAAAGUGAUUACCUCGACUUAAGGGCCAAACUUCAAACUAAGCCGGAUUACCUCGAAGUUCUGGAGAAAACAGCAUACAGGUUCUAACAGAAAGAAGAAAAUAAAUUAGUGGCUUUGUUUUGAUUUCCAAAAGAAAAGGAAAAUAAAAAGAAAUAUAUCCCCGGCUCCCAUUAUACUUGUCCCAAUAACUACAUCCUUACAAUUUCCCCUGCCCAGGACAGAACUGAAACGCAUGAUAACUAGAGAAUACAAAAGUGUGCUCCCCCCCCCCUCUCAGAUGCGAUUUUGAGGAAGGGCCAUACUCAGAUCAUUAAUCAAUGAAGUGCCUUCGCAGACUUUUGCCAGCAAAUGUUAUCAUUAUUUUUUUAUACUGAAACUCGAGACUUUGACUGUGCCAUGUGUGAGGUAUAUUGGGGAUCGUUGUAUUGAUCCUAAAUGAGUAAAAUUCAAUGUGUCUUUUUAUUUCCUUUAAAUUUUCUUCCCUUUAGUUGCAGUUGGAAAGGGAGGGGGGAGGUUGACAUUUAUGGCUUUCUCUCCUUUUCCCAACAUGGCACAGGUUCUGUACAUGUAUAAACAAUGCAGUUUGCUGCAUGCUUGAAAACUGCAGGAUGGGGAGGGAGGGGCGGGUCUUGCUCGAAUGUUCUCACACUGCUCUCUCACACACAUAUUCAUGUGCACACAACAAAGCCCUACAUACACGUGGGUCCCCCAGCCUGCACUGGGUGCACACACACACACACACACACACACACACACACACACACACACACACACACACACACCUCCUCCCCUGCAACUUAAUAUGCUUAGUUCUGGUUUAAUCUAUUUCUUCCUCUACAUAGCUCCACGCGCCCUUCACUCGUAGUGUACAGCUCACAGCAUCUCUCCUACCACCCUGGGAAAAGUCACAUUCGAGGCUGGAUCCGACUGAAGCCAAGGCUUGUUGGUUUAACAGCUGGAGACACACCUAGGGUUGAGCACCCUCCUCCUGACAUUUCAUCCUGAUGUCAAGAUUUUUGAGAACAUCUGCACUUUCUUAUAUAUAUAUAAAUAUAUAUAAAUAUAUGAUAUUAAAAAAUAAAAGAGCAACUGGGUAUAUAUCACUAACAGCUUUGUAGGAAGCACUUUUAAUGUUUUCUCUCUCACACACAAAGAUUCAAAGGAAAUGUGCAUAUAUUUAUUCUGUAAUUUCAGUGAUUAUAAAUUGUAAAGGUAAUGUUUAAUCAUUGUAUAGUGAUUAUGCGUCUGGUAUAGCUUUCCUAAUAAAAUGUUUUUGAAAAACAUAAUACAUUAUAUAUAGAGGAUACAAAGCUUCAAUUUAACCUUCAGCUAUGCCAUGCUUUUCGUAUUCCCGUUUAAAAAUGUUAUUUUAUUUGGUAUACAGAAAGCUAAAUGAUUAACAAGUUCAAUGCACUGUGAUAUUGAUAAAUAUUAUUAUUAUAAUACCUUAUCCAUAUUCCAUAUUAGGAUUAAAUUGGGGCUUGGAUAUUCUGAUCUGUUUUUCAUGGGUUAUACAUUUUAAAUUCAGUUUCCCAGUGAGGCACUGUGAAAUAGGUGGGGUGUGACUGGAGAAAACAAAGUGACUGGAUGAGGAAAUAUAGGACUAAUCUGGAUGAGAUAAUCGAGCGUCUGUGGGUUUCAGACAAAUGACACGAAGGAACAGAGAAACGAUGUAGCUCUCCUUUAAAUAAAAACAAGCACUAAAAUUACAUCCAAGAGCAGCUUAGGUACAACAGCAAUCUUCAUGCUCAAACACAGCUCCAGAAAAGCCUAGGACUUCAAGUCAAUGAAGUUUUAGAAUAUCUGUUACCUGCUAAAGUUGUGAUUUUUAUGUUUGGACUUUUUUUUUUCCCACAACCACUCACGGAAAAUGGACCCGGAAAUGCUUGAGUUAAGAAGCUUGAUUAUGAUUAAGUUUUAUUUUUCUGUAUGACGAUAAAAGAUGUUUCAAAGUUUCUUGAGGAUACUUUAAGUUAUGAUCCAUUUCAUGUGAGCAGAACACCAAAGAAAAUUGAAAUUUAGGACGCAAAUGAGAGAUAGAGGUACUUACCGUAUUCAGCCAGUAGAUGGCAGCAGAGCUCCAACGAUCUCCAGACACAGUCAUCACUGAAGUGUGGAGUGAGGUUUGGAUUCCUUAAAGCUGCCCUUGGAAAUGAUCAUUACACAUUGAAUGUAAUUCCCCAUGAGUCGCUGAGGCCUUACAUUCCAUCAUUUUCUCAUAGAAAAGGAGAAUGCCAUCAGUUUCUAGGUCUGUGUGGUAUAUGCAUUCAGGGUAUUGGAUUUAAAAGAUGGGGGAAAAGUGAAUGUCUAGAACUUGUUAAUAAAACCAUUAACUACAUGGAACUAUUAGUGUGGACAUACAGAGAUAAAACACACAAGUACAUCAAUAUAAAAUGCACUCUUCAGGGAUUAUUUGCAUUUAAUAUAAGACAUAUGUAAUUUCUGUCCUCAAUUAUUCAUUCUAUUUUGGAGUCGAUUUAAAAAGCCCAUAUAACUAAUUACUGUCUCUUUAUGUAAAAUGUCGAAAUGGAGCUCUCCUUAUGUAGUAGAGUUGAACACGUUACAAAACAGAUGCCUUUUUGUAAGCUUUCUAUAGAUCACGUUCACUAGAUAGCUCAUCUUCCGUGUUCUUUCUAAUCAUCUUUCCCUAUUACUAAUUUUUUAAAAUGACAUUACUGCUCUUAGAGGGUUUACAACCAGACUUAUGGAGUCACUGUAAACUACAGUGACUAUUUACCUUCCAAUUCUUCUUAAUCAAUCAUUCUGGCGAACACAUGAAAUAAGAGCAAAUACCUAGAUCUUUCAAAUGCUAACAAUGCCUUCCUAGAGAACUGUGGGGCCACGCAACACAGUCUAUUAAACGUAUCAGGUUAAAUGUCAACCCUAAGGACCCUGGUGCUUUCGACAUUGGAACAUAAGUCUUCAUAAAACUUAUCGAAUUAAAAUAUAAAUUAAUAAUUGUAAUAUUUAUAUUUUAUUUAUCAAAUAUUGAGGUAAGACUGUCUAAUCUUAAAAUUCACCCUUGAAUGACUAAUAAAUUCAUUUAUAUAGUGAGAACAAAUUUAUAUGAGAAAGAAAUUUUGUAUUUAAGAGGACAAUAUUUUGCUUUCAUGGAUUUUUAUAUCCCCUGACUCAGUUACUUAAUUUAAUUUUGCACUAAAAUUGAGUUAAGAAACUUUAGUUUAUAAUAACAUAUUAUUUCCUUUAAAUGUCAUUAAUCUUACCCCAAAAGUAUGAAUUAGCAUCUGCUUCACGUUUCUUAUUGAAGAAAAUGACUUAUUUUUUUACAGAAUAGGUAACUAAAUCCCUUCAUAGCAAUGCUUUGCUGCUGAGUUCGACCAAGAUUUCACAUGUAUUUGCUUUUCUUCAUUACUCUUUUUAUUAUUAAUUACAAUAAUAGUAUUUGGACAUUGCAAAUGCACUGUGUUGUCCCUUUAAUGCUGACAUGAUUAGGGUAAAACUAUUGCAGGUGAUCAGUUUAAUUCAGAAUAUUAUUCAAAUGUUAGAUAUCAUUAUAUGGUAUUAUUUAUGUAGAUGCUUUUAUAUUUUGAAUAGAGAUAUAUUACUUCAUCAAAUUGCAAAAUUAUUUAAAAUAGGAUGGUAACUGCAAUAUUUUUAAUAAAAGUUCAGAGAGAAGAUAACAAAGAAACUUUAA